AUGACUGGACAGUUAAGGGCCUCCUUUCUUUUCCCCCUUCUCCUAGCUGGCUUCGUGCAGCCAGAUCCCAAGCCUGAAAAGAUGAAGAUGAAUUGCUAUAAAGAUGUGAAAGGCACCAUCUAUGAUUAUAGCGCCCUCACUCUUAAUGGAAGGGAACACAUCCGUUUCAAGAAGUAUGUAGGCAAGCAUGUCCUCUUUGUCAACGUGGCCACCUAUUGUGGCCUGACAGCUCAAUAUCCUGGUAUGUCCGUCCAGGGAAUGGAUAUAUACCUAAUUUCCAGCUUUUUGAAAAAGGGGAUGUGAAUGGUGAAAAAGAACAGAAAAUCUUCACCUUCUUGAAGGUGAGUGAAUUACUGACAUAAGCCCCCUCUUCCUUCCUUAAUAUUCCUAGCAUUGGGUUGGUGUGGUAGAAAUGGAUGCAAGGGCUCAUUCCUGAAGGUGGGAUUGGAUGCUUUGGAGAAGAGCUUCAGAUCAGCAUAGGGAUUUGGGUUUCAUUUGUUAGUAUUUUUGGGGCUCUGGCUUCAUGUGGUGGAGAGAGUUAUGUAGAGUGGCAGCUUUUACUGUGAUCAACCUCUCUUGCUUAUUAACAUUCAUUAAUUCAUCUUGCUCAUUGACAUUCAUUAAUUCAUUAAAUAUACAUUUAUUGAGUGCCUGCUGUCUACAAGGCAGUUUGCUAAACAAUAAGAAUAAAAAUACAAAUAGGACAUAGUUCAUACCC